AUGCCCUCCAACAAAAUAAGUUGGUGUCUCUCCAUUAUAUCCUAUGUUUUUUUUCUUUCUUCUAGGUCAGUAAACAAUUUCCUGAUGACUGGUCCAAAAGCUUACCUGAUCUACUCCAGCAGUGUGGCAGCAGGUGCUCAAAGUGGUAUUGAAGAAUGCAAAUACCAGUUUGCCUGGGACCGCUGGAACUGCCCUGAGAGAGCCUUGCAACUUUCCAGCCAUGGUGGACUUCGAAGUGCUAAUCGGGAGACAGCAUUUGUACAUGCCAUCAGUUCUGCUGGAGUCAUGUACACUCUGACCAGAAACUGCAGCCUUGGAGAUUUUGACAACUGUGGAUGUGAUGACUCCCGCAAUGGGCAACUGGGGGGUCAAGGUUGGCUGUGGGGAGGCUGCAGCGACAACGUGGGCUUCGGAGAGGCAAUCUCCAAGCAGUUUGUGGAUGCCCUGGAAACAGGACAGGAUGCCCGGGCAGCCAUGAAUCUUCAUAAUAACGAGGCCGGCCGUAAGGCGGUGAAGGGCACCAUGAAACGCACGUGUAAGUGCCACGGCGUGUCUGGCAGCUGCACCACACAGACCUGCUGGCUGCAGCUGCCUGAGUUCCGCGAGGUGGGCGCGCACCUGAAGGAGAAGUACCACGCCGCUCUCAAGGUGGACCUACUGCAGGGUGCUGGCAACAGCGCUGCCGGCCGCGGCGCCAUCGCCGACACCUUCCGCUCCAUCUCCACCAGGGAGCUGGUGCACCUGGAGGACUCCCCAGACUACUGCUUGGAGAACAAGACGCUAGGGCUGCUGGGCACUGAAGGCCGGGAAUGCCUGCGGCGCGGGCGGGCUCUGGGCCGCUGGGAGCGCCGCAGCUGCCGCCGUCUGUGCGGGGAUUGUGGGCUGGCGGUGGAGGAGCGCCGCGCGGAAACCGUGUCCAGCUGUAACUGCAAGUUCCACUGGUGCUGUGCUGUCCGCUGUGAGCAGUGCCGCCGGCGGGUCACCAAGUACUUCUGUAGCCGCGCAGAGCGGCCGCGGGGAGGCGCUGCGCACAAACCCGGGAGAAAACCCUAAGGGUCUCCUCUCCUGCCUCCUUUCCCAAUUUGUCCUUGGCUUCGUUUAGCGACCCCAGUAAUAGAGGAACCUAGGAAUUGGGGACCCCGCACUCCCAAGUCCAGAGAUCCUGAGAGGGAGAGGAUGCAAUCUUUCUGGAGCUUGCCACUUCCCUAACGUUUCCCCAAUUUCUCUGUGCUCUCCUAGAAUUGGUUCUGCGUCUCCUCACAGCCCACACUUUGGUGUGAGACCUGUUCUAAGACUGCGCUAUUGGUCUUCCUUGGACUAGGGUGAAAAUAGGCGCUCCUCCCCGACCCCACCUCCCAACUGGCCUAAGCCUGACUAAGACUUGGGAACUAGAAGGACCCUUCUCAGAUAUGCAGGGCUCAGGUAAAGCCAUGUCUUUUUCUCUUGCCCAUUGUCUGCUACCAAGCCCGAUGGCAGGGGCAUUCCCUUCCUGCAGAGCCCAUCCCGAUCUUGCAACUUCCUGCUAUUGACCCAGAUACUCCCAGGAAUCUCUAACACUUUCUCUUUCCUUCCCCUUUUCCCCUUCCUCUGAAAAGAAAAGAAAAAAAAAAUUGACCUGGGAAUAAAUGUACCUUAGGGAUUGGUCCCUAAAGGAAGAAGUAGAAUAUGGUGUAAAAGGGAACUUGACUUGCUAAACACCAGGGUGGUACUUCUUGUGACACCAUGUCACCAAUGGACUUUACCAGUGAGGUAACUAUCUUCCUAGAUGAUCACUCAAGGUACUCCAGAAUUAUACCCAAGAGGUCAAGAAACUAUGUAAACACAGAUUACUAUUAUUUCCUUCCCUUCAAAGUUAUCUUCUCCCUGCUCCUAACCUAUUUCUUCCCAGAAAACAACUUCACCUUUUUUCCUUUCCAAAGCUUUGUUCCUCUGAGCCAAAACUGAGGUAAAUAAAGGCAAUUUCCCACUCGGACCCUGUCUGCACCUCUAAAGGCAGGCCAUAGGAAGAAGCAGAGCCCCUUCCUUUCACUCACCUGGUUCUUCAACAGGCAGAGUUCAGGGCAUUGGAUACUUUCCUUCAAUAAGUAAACUUUCUGCAAUGAAACUGUUGCUAAUAGGAAGUUCAGCACCUUGAACUUUAAUUUAUUGCAAUCAUUAUGAUAUGUGCCUAAUUUCCUGGGUACUGAGCUUCUUCUUGGGGAUACUGGGGUAGGGUGGGGUAGAAGAUAUAACUUUGAGACUCUUAUUUUCUUCCCACCAUGGUAGGAUACUGUUUUCCCUAGAAACUUGCUUCCUUUAUAGCCUAAGUAGCUAGCCUGACUUGAUUGAGGCUAAUCUUUUGAGGAUUAGUAAAUCAUCCACAUAAACCUUCCACUAAUACAGUCACUCCAUAGCCAAAAGCUUGCUGCUUGUGGUACUUGAGUCUUUUUGGUUCCAUUUUCAGAGAGAAGCAUUCCACAUGAACUUGUAUAUGAAACAGAGCUCUUGGGAAUGAAGAGCCAAUUCCUUACAGACCUUCUGCAGCCCCAAGAGCUUCCCAGCCUGCUUCCUUGCCCUGGGCCAGUCCUGGAUCUGGACACCAGGCAGCUCUUCCAGAGUAGAACUGGUCAUAUGCUAGACUUAUCCCUUUUCUUCCAAAGUAGGAAAAAGUACAGAGGUCACAAAAUCCAAGGCACUGGAAAAACAGAAGGGCUCUUAUACUCCAAACUGAGACAGUGGCCAAAUCAGACCCAGGCCCUAGUCUCACCCCUACAUCUUCUGGUCUGACUAAUACUUACUGGAAGAGAGGUUCCCUUUCCUCCUUACCAGAGGGAUACACUUCCCUUCAGGGUUUCUUAAUGCUUAAUUUCCAGCUUUAUCAGCAAAAGGCCCUUUGCUUGUUUUCUCAGCUCUUGGGCCUCCUGAGUCUCCCAAGCCACUCUUCUUUUCUAAUCAAGCAGCAGCAUAUACUAACCUAGUUGUCUCAUUUGGCAGAGUUACUUGAUAGGAAGAAAAUCUGGCAAGGCGACUAGAAAAUAUAAAAGUAAAUGUUGUAAAGUAAAGCUGUACUCUCCCAGAGGUCUCCCAACAUAAGAGAACUAUUGUGCUUCAAAUUGGUGACAACAGGUCAGCACUCCAAACAUGUUAUGCUGCCAGGAAGUUCUUUCAUAGGUUAUUGUUUUGUAUCCCCAAAUAGAUAUGAUUGAUACCAGAAUGAUUUGAGUUUUAUAAAGAAAACAUUGUUGAGCUACCUUAGAUCUGCAUUGCUUUUUUUUAACCCCUUUUUCAUUAUUAAUUAAUUCAUUCACUCAGUCAACACUGGUGCACUCAUGGGUUCCUGUCUUACACUAAUUGCCAGGGCUGUGUUCCCCUUAAC